UCCAAAUGGAAUCAGCUGAUCGGCUGGCUGGGGGCGGACUCAAAAAGGAGCGGCCGCCAUCUUGAAGGCUCGGAUGAGACGAAGAAGCCUCAUUCGGUGUGCUCGGCUACCAUUUGGCACAGCUUUCAAAACGACGAAAACUUCGCUUAUCUGAGGGUUGGUAUUAAUCCGACGGAGGACGCAGCAGCUCAGUGGAGCUAAUCAAGAUGGCUAACUGAACAAGUGGGCCCAUACUUGAAGGCAAGCUAAGCCCUCUUGCAGUUUGCCUUGCAGACACUGCUGUGAAGUUCUCUCCUUAACUAAACUCAAACCAAUGCUCAAAACAGACCCUGAAGAGACGCUUGAUGUCCCACAAAUGGCAAUAUUAUAUAGUUAGUCUUGGGGAUAGAUAUUUGGACACUGGGUGUAUAGAAGAGAACAAGCCCCAAGGGGGGAAGGACUAUCUUUAAAUUGUACGUGGAUUCGCUCUUAGUUUAAUUUGAAAUUGGACUUGAUAAAAGCUCAGGGGAAAACAUGAGAACUGCCAGGACAGAGAACCCAGUGAUUCUGGGCUUGUCGAACCAGAAUGGCCAGCUCCGGGGCUCGGUGAAGCCGGCAGGAGCGCCAGGCGGAGGAGGAGGCGGAGGCCCCCAACAACAGCCACUAAACCAGAUAAAAGGCACAAUCAACAACGGCAACGCCCAGCCUGCCCCCACGACUAAUGCCGUCAUCAAGCCCGGAGAUGACUGGAAGAAAAAUCUGAAACUGCCCCCAAAGGACAUGAGGAUGAAAACUUCGGAUGUGACGGCAACUAAAGGCAACGAGUUUGAAGAUUAUUGCCUUAAGAGGGAGCUGCUCAUGGGCAUCUUUGAGAUGGGCUGGGAAAAGCCGUCUCCAAUCCAGGAGGAAAGUAUUCCCAUCGCCUUGUCAGGGAGGGAUAUCUUAGCCAGAGCCAAGAAUGGCACAGGGAAGAGUGGAGCCUACCUCAUUCCCUUACUUGAACGCAUCGACCUAAAGAGAGACUGCAUACAAGCAUUGGUGGUAGUCCCCACCAGGGAAUUGGCUUUGCAAGUCAGCCAAAUAUCCAUCCAGGUCAGCAAACACAUGGGAGGAGUGAAGGUGAUGGCAACCACCGGUGGAACCAACCUACGAGACGACAUUAUGAGACUGGAUGAAACCGUGCACGUGGUCAUCGCCACCCCAGGGAGGAUUUUAGACCUCAUCAAGAAAGGAGUGGCCAAAGUCAGUCAAGUGCAAAUGAUUGUUUUAGAUGAGGCUGACAAACUGUUGUCUCAGGACUUUGUUGCCAUGAUGGAAGAGAUUCUGGGCUUCCUCUCCAAACAGAGACAGAUCUUGCUUUACUCUGCUACCUUCCCCCUCAGCGUUCAGAAGUUUAUGAAUUCGCACUUGCAGAAGCCCUACGAGAUCAACCUCAUGGAGGAGCUGACACUGAAAGGUGUGACUCAGUAUUACGCUUAUGUCACUGAAAGGCAAAAAGUCCAUUGCCUCAACACCUUGUUCUCAAGGCUCCAGAUCAACCAGUCUAUCAUCUUCUGCAACUCUUCUCAAAGAGUGGAGCUCCUUGCAAAGAAGAUUUCCCAGCUUGGCUACUCAUGUUUCUACAUUCAUGCCAAGAUGAGACAGGAACAUCGCAAUCGUGUGUUCCAUGACUUCCGUAAUGGUCUCUGUCGAAAUCUUGUCUGCACUGACCUUUUCACAAGAGGAAUAGACAUUCAAGCUGUGAAUGUCGUAAUCAAUUUUGACUUCCCAAAGCUGGGAGAGACUUAUCUUCAUCGCAUUGGCAGAUCUGGCCGCUUUGGACACUUGGGACUGGCCAUCAACCUGAUCACUUAUGACGACCGCUUCAACCUGAAAGGAAUCGAAGAGCAGCUGGGGACCGAGAUCAAGCCUAUCCCCGGAAUCAUCGACAAGAGCUUGUAUGUGGCGGAGUACCACAGCGAGAGCGGCGAAGAAGUGAAGCCAUGAGCCCAUCAGUCCAUCCUCCAUUUCCCCUUUGGACCCCACACUUCCCCUUCAUGACUUGGAUUUUUCUUCUUUUUUUCCCUUUUUUUUAUUUUAUUUUUAAAUGUACAGUCUGUCCAUCUUAUUUUUUGGAUGCCUCCAUCAGGACUGUGAAUUUUGUUGGAUGCGCGUUGGAAGAACUCAUUUGCCUCGUCGUCGUAGGACUCAAUGCUGCACCGCCUGCACUGAAGACAGCCCCUUUUCUCCCUUCCCCACGAGGAAAGUAGUACGGGACCAAGUGGACAAUGCAUCGGUGCAUACAGAGGUGGCGAAAGCACCACUAACAUGAAGCCAGCACCCACAGGCCCCCUAAAAUGACCCCCCUCCAUCCGUCACUUUGUUUAGGAACCAGUUUGUAUCAAGUGCCUUAAGAAGCAGUCCAACAUGUUGUGAAGUAAUAACCCUCAUCAUUCAGCUCUUUUGUUCCGCCUUCAGAAGAUUUUGCUGUGCUCUUAAGUUUAAACCACAAAGGUGACCAUAACCCGUUUCAUUUGUCAUCAGGAGGGGGGAGGGGUGCUGCCUGCGCUCGCGUCUGGCUAAUUCUGCAGGUCAAACUUGGAUUUUUCUCCAUGGACAGAGAUGCUGGAUUUAGUUUUUCCAAGAAGGAAGCCAGACUCUACGUUUAUUUUUCUUUUACCCUGUUGCUUGUGCUUCUAGAAGAGCCCGACACUUUCCUCUCGUCUUCAGCUGCAACACAACAGAGACAAUGUGCAGCCAACAAACAACCCCAUUGAGUCCUGAGGAUUCCUCAUCCGCUGCAGUUCAGUUUGCAGGACUUUGCUUUAGUCUUUUUUUUCCUUCUCACCUUCCUAUGUGCGGCCAAACUUAACUCAGUUGUGCAAAACGGAGGCUGCCCCCCCCCCCCUGUAAAUACCUUCAUUUUAAGAUUGUUUUAAACAAGUUCAGAAGGCUGGCGACAACUGAACACACCCAACAUGUUGGCACUGGAGACUUUGCAUUACUGCCUGUUGGCUGUGAGGUUAUUUAUAAUUUUAGAAAUAGUCUAAAAACAAAGACCCCUUCCUGCAUGAACUGUUAUUGAGGCCAAGUUCAGCAGACAAAUUGGAGGCGUGCAAACUGUCCUAAAUGAAAGUUGCACUUAGACGUGAUGCUUUAAAUUGAUUCUCCUACUGCCAGCAGAGCUUUUUAGUCAUGAAUUCUUUUGUCACCAGCCUCGACUUGUGGACUUGACCGGAGCCUGCCUCGGCUCUCUGGUCAACGUUGCUGUGGAAAGAAAAAGAUUAGAUUCUAUCAUGUCCUACUUGCUGCAGUGCAGCGCCAUUGGCAGAUUUCGUUUUUUGUUUUGUUUUUCCCCCCUUGGGGAGGCGCAACCAGCUGUUACACGAAGCUACAGUCAACACCUAAGAAAUACUUGUAAGGACUGCAAUUGGAUUCAGCCCCCUUUGAAUAAGGACAGGAUGGAGAAGGGUGUCAAAGUGAAGCAUCUGACCUAAAAUGUAGCAGGAAGUCUCUGCUCGCUAGCCAACGGGACGAUCAAAACAACCUGGAGAAGGUUGGUCAGCACUUAACGCACAGAGCGGUUGACUUCUGGCAAUAACACUGUUUUAGUUUUUUUUUGUAAUUGCAACACCCAGACAGAUGUGCAUGUUGGUGUAGAAGAUCCUGAACCAGAAGGGGAAUGUCAGUGAAAGGAUUCCUUAAUGAGUUGAACUGCAAACAUGGCCGCCUCAGCUUAUUUUGCUUCCCUUUUUGUUUCUUUUAUGUGGGGUUUGGCUUAUACGUCCUAACAAAAACCUUAUUUUGCACAAAGGCUCUCAGCUGUAGCAGCUGGGAGUCUUUUUUGGAAAGUUUGGUUCCCUCUUGUGGCGAGAUGCUCUUUGGCUGUUUCUAACGUGUGACAAGACUUAUAGCGCUUAAAAAAAGAUGUCCACUUUCUUGUCCGGUUAUAACAGCGAUCCUUGCUCUCAAGUCUCACGCUGGCCCCUGACUUGUUUAUCAUCCAAUUUGGCUUAUUUGGCAUGGAGGGAGGGUGGAAUUCUUGUGUUAAAAAACGUUCCAAUGAAAGGUGAGCGAGAGCAGGGAUCAAGCUUUGCAGACACUCGGCAGCCGUCUGCGUCCUGGUGGCCGGUUGGCGGUAUUGCAGCGUCUUGUUUCAAUGCUGGAGGAUGGUGAUGGCGUUACGACAGGAUGUUGUCACUGCCGGCCGGCCACCAGGUUGAGAACCUUAAAGACUGAGAUGAUAGCAUCUUGCCAGGAAUACUUAAUUGGAUGUUUUGAAACAAAAUUGCCUCGUUCUUUAAGGUCAUUUUAAAUUGUGGGGAGGGUUGAAUUGGUUGACUUGCUGCCCUGAUGCACACCAAUCGUCCUGGACCGUGGCGACAAACCAAGAACGUUUUUUCGUGCAAAUUCAACCCCGACGUCACUUCCUAUCCAGGAGGAUGCUGCAUCAGUACUAGUUGGGGGUUCAUCUCAUCGUCAUGGAGAUGGGUUUAAUGUGUUGGGAGAGAAUAAAUUUGAUUUUUUUUCUUUUUUGCCCAAAGAAAUUGUUCCAAUGGGAGAACUCUCCCAAAUUGACGCGGUUAAAGCCCAACAAGUUGUUUGCUCUUUUUUAUUUAAUGAAAAUUUGGUCGUUAUUUAAUUGGCAGACUUUUCAGUGGAGCUAAUUUUACAAGAGUUCAGUUCGUUUAAAAAUAAGUCACAAAUAUUGGGCUAAAAUAUUGAAAGUUUCGUUAAAAAUAAAGCUCACUGAAUUUA